AUGGUCGAGGCUGAUGUUUUCAUUGAAAGUGGACUGAUAAAGUAAGAAAUAAACUGCAAAAUUGUAGUUACAUUUAGAUGCAAAUAUUCUUUUAUUUUUGAUAAAAUAAUUAUUUUUAAACUAUCCCAGGGUGCAAUGAAAGUCAGUUAUACAGUUUGCCAUUCGGGCAAGCUGUAGCUAGCAUGUUCUAGCUCAAAGUCACCUUAACUAGCCUGAAAAAUAGAUAUUUGAUGAGCAAGAUGAUUACAGUAAUGUUCUUCUGCAAUUUGAAUACCCCUAAGCAAAAUCCACUAACCCCUGGCUAUUGGACCAUACUUUCUUUGCACACUGCAUCUUAAUUUAAUUUAUAUUUUACUCAGUCAGUUAGAGAGGGAUUAUAAUGAAAAAGCAAGCUAGCGUGGGUAUUACAGUCACAGGUAAAUCCUUUUAUUGAAAGAAAAGAAGAGAAUUGUGCCACACUACAUGUACAUGUAUAUAUUAUAACUUUAAUCAAAAUAGACAUAAAAAUGAUAAUAAUAAUAAUAAUAAUAAUAAUAAUAAUAAUUAAUUUUGUUGUUGUUUGUUAAACUUUGCCUAACCUCCCCUUUUCAGGGAUGUUGGUAAAAAUCUUGUUGUUCCUGGUGGAGCAAGAGUUAUUGAUGCUAAUAAAAAACUUGUCAUCCCAGGUAAUAACCCUACUAGACAAAAGGCAGCAUUUUUUGAACUAUAGUUUUCACUGUUUAAUUGUGAUGAUUAGUUUUCUGAAUAUCUGUCUGUAGGACUGUGGGACAGUUUCUGGUCAUUCCAAGGUUGUGUUAACCAGCCAAAGAAAUUUUUGCUUAGUCACAUCUCUCUUCUGACCAGUCAAAAAACAUGUAUUAAAAAUAACAUGAUCUAAUAACUUGAAGGUACUAGCCUAACAGGUAAAAACAUAAAGUGAGAAAGAUGCUUGUCUUCUUGAAAUGACUUGUAAUGGUGUGAAUUCAAAGUAGUAAUUCUUUAUAUUUUUCUGCUCGCUCAUUUACUCAUUUGAGUGCCGCUCAAAGUGAACGGUAAACCAAAAGUUUGUCUGGACAAAUGGUUUUCUUGGCUAGAUAUUGUCCUUUGACAAGUGGUUAUUAAUUUUUGAGCCCUGGUCUGCUUGUCAGGCAGUUUACCUGGACAGAUCACCAACAGGCCACUGACAGUUGACCAUAAAUACCAACCUUAUACCCACGUUUCCAAAGCAUUGAACUACAGGAGCUUUUCUUCAACCCAGGGUGCAUCUUCAGCUAAAGUUAAAGCCUGGUUUCCAUAACAUUCAUCCCGAUUGCCCCAUCCAUGUAAGAAUAAGAGUGAUGAUUUCUGGGAUAGCCUUCAAUUGCUCCGAUCAUCUUAGUCGUCUGAGAAUUUUUCCAUGUGAUCACUUCAAAUUCUACACAAUUGUCCAAUUUGUCUGCAAAAACUCAGUUCUACCCAAAAUGAUUAAGGUCAUCCCAAUCGUCUGGGUCUUUUGCAUUCGUCCAGGUAGUCAUAUAAUUGUCCCAAUCUUGUGAACAUUAAUAUUUUGAGAUGACUGAGGUGAUUGGAACAAUUAUGGAAACCAGGCAAUAGAUAAGGUACUGGGCUGGGCAGCCUGUCAAUGGACGACCAGCCUACAAUUUUGCUUAAAACCAUACUGGCUAUUAUCAGCCAACUGUGCCAGCAAACAGCCAACAAUCAGCCUACUAUCGACCAACAGAUACUGAGAUUUGCGAAUGAGUAACACUACAUGUAGUGUCAAUUUUUUUCUUAACACUCACCAACUGUCACUUUGCAUGAUACUGUAUUUAUUUAGGUGGAAUUGACAGUCACACACACAUGCAGCUUCCAUUUAUGGGUACUGUUGCUGUUGAUGACUUUUACUCUGGAACAAGAGCAGCACUGGCUGGAGGAACCACCAUGAUCAGUGAGUGAUAAUCCAAACAAAAAAAAAGUAUCAAAAGAACCCCCUACCUUGUAGCCAUAUAAAUCCGUACGUCUACAGUACAGUUUAUACUGUAAUGCACAAUGCGCAGCAAUGUGAAAUUUUAGUGGCAGCCCUGCAGAACUGUUAUACAUGUACGUGACUGUACAAUGAAAUUUAAUUUAAUUGAUAUGCAGUCUAUGUAAAUAGAAUAUUAAGUCUUUAUAUUAUUUGAAAGCUACAAAAUAAACUAAAGCUUAGAUUCAUUAUAUAAAGAAAGUGUUAAGUUUUAUUGUUUUGAUAGAUACAGCUGUACAUAUGUAUCAUACGAUGACAUUUUUGUUCGAUAUUUUUCUCUAUCGCAGUUGACUUUGUGAUUCCACAAAAGGGUGAAUCGUUGUUGGAAGCUUACGAAAAAUGGAGAAAAUGGGCUGACGAGAAAGGUACAAGUUACUCUUCCCUUAUUUACCAGGGUUUACAAUUGUAGGUAUCCCUGUACAAUGCCUGCAGUGCAUUUGGUGAAAACACCAUUAUACAGAUGCAGAAUGGAUUUGACCACUAAAUACGUUGGAUUGACUUAAAGGGCAACUCUCGGGAAAAUUACCCCUGUUUUUUAAGUUCUCUAUGGUUUCCCAAUGGCAUGUAAUGUCUCUCUUUGGUGAAAUUUCGGAUAUAUCUGCGAAACUUAUUUUUUUAUACUUUUUUGAAAACUCGAUUUUUGCCGCCAUUUUGAAAACAUUCGGAUUUCAGGUUAGUCACGUGAUUUUACGUCACACGUGUGGAACACGGAUUGCCAAGUGAAGAUUAUAAGAGAAAAACGCACCAAAUUUCUCUUGCAAAUAAAGGAGAAAUAGAGCCUCUACUGUCAUAUUAACGUUCAGGAAAAGCAUUUCGAUGAUGGUUCCAAUUUUUAAAUUUACACGGGCAUCAGAUGCGGGUGAUUUAGAUUUUUUCUGUAUUUUUUUUGUUAGGGUAUUUUUGAAGUCGCGUGAGACAUUUAUCGACCCGAGGUCAAUAAUUGUAAACAGCUAAGCUCCUAAUCUGCUACGUAUAAUACAAAGAACAUCUUUCCUAUAGCAGAUUUAAAAUUCUGAUAGAACCAUUAAUGUUACCUGAUGGGUGUUGAUGCCCUUCAUUCCUCGAAAACGACUUAAUUUUUUCCUGGGAAAUACUCGCAUCUUUGAAGAGAACUCCGUCACAGACCACCGUACCGGCCUGAUUCUAUACCGCCUUUUGUGUUUUCACUUAAGUGUGUUGUUCUCUUGUCUGAAAUCUGCAGGUUCCGUCCAUUUACCUUUGCUUCUAAACACGCGAAAUAAAACUCACUUCUCGCCGAAAAUUGCGAUUUUAUGAUCAUCGUUUUGAAUGUAGUUAUUCGAGAUGUGCUCUCGAGAUUGUAGCGUCAUUCCAUCGCAAAACCUGCACACACGCUAAAAUUACAUGUAAUGGGCCUUUUAAGGAUGGAAAGAAAUGAAAACAGUUCAAAAAAGUUGAUUAAAAUAGGAUUGCUUCAUUAUCUUUAGUGGUACUUUGUACCCGUCCUACCCGCGAACACUAUAAAACUGCCUUGAUAGCCACGCGUGUCACGCUUCUUUUGCAAUACUUCCCUUUGGGACAAGAAAGGAAAAAGAAAUUAUUAACCCGUUUUUAAAUCCCCGACGCAGUACUUUUGGAAAAUUCCAAGGAGAAAAAUGCGAUCCAUAACGGGAGUGAAAAAGGAGAAAGAACUAGGCAAGGUUCCUGCAGUAUGAACCUUUUUAUUGAAGGUUAUGGCUCAAGCACCAUAACUGAAAGUCUUUGCUGGCUAUUAAGAAAAUUCAAGGGCUUUAAAAAACUACAUGUUGAACCUGCAACUGAAUACCCCUACACUACUUGCUGCAUCCAAAGAGAGGCCCAACAGAGAUGAGGCAAUGGGUUCUUUCGUUCGCAGAUAAAAUCUUUCCAGCCUUGUCAACUAAAGAAGGACUACAAUGCCCUGCAAUGUUUUGAUUCUUUGUAGUUUAGGCUAAGCUAGGUCACUACUGCAAUUAGUGACUUAGAUGACCAUGCACUGUAUGGUCCACUUAAACUGUGACCGGUUUUCUUUAUUAUUAUUGCCUUCUCAAUUAAAAUAUGCAAGAUGGAAACAAUCCAUUUGUGAAUUCUAAUUUAAAAAUGAGGAUUUCCCAUUAUAACCUGAAGAUAUACAGCAAUGAAAAUAAAAUACCAUUUUAUUAUUAAGAUAUAAAGUUUCAACUUGUACAUUAUUUGCCAGUUAACAAUCACACCUGCUGGAAAAAAAAAAGGGUGACAUGUUAUUAGUCAAACACUAAUCCGCCAUUAUUAUUCAGAAGCUGUGAGCAAAUAGUUGAGAAGAAUCAUGUAUUUCCCACACACUGACACCAUUGGACUUUAAAAGACCAUGUAGUCUUAUAGAUUUUUUAGUUCCAACAAUUAUUGUUGACAUUGUUUGCUGGGUAACAAUCAUUUUAAUGGCAACAAAGUUACUCUAGCCCAGUCUUCCAGUGGUGAGUGAGAAAAUUGCAUCAUAUUUUAUAUACAGUAGGGUUAUUUGCAAUACAUGGUAUAUUUAUUCAUCCGGCCCAGUUGUUCGAAGGCCGGUUAGCGCUUAACCCGGAGUUAAAUUUAACCCUGGUUUCUUUUUCUUGUGUUCAAAAGCAUUUUCUCGGAUAAUUUUCUCUCUUAUUUGUAGAGCUUCCAAUCAUCAACUUGUGGACAAAAAGAAUUAAAACUGAAUUGCUUUUUAAGCUUCAAAUCUUAAUUCAAAUCUCGCACUAACCCUGGGUUAUCUUAACCCAGCUUUGAACAACUCGGCCCUGCACAAUGGAAUCCUGUGAACUCCAUCUCAUCCUCCAACCUUUCAGGCUCCUGGAAAUGAGGUCGUAUGCACUUAACUGCACAGGAAUCAAGGACGGUAAUGUAACUCCUGUGUCCCUGCCAAGGGAGCCCCAGUAUCACCUUACCAAUUGCCUUUAGGCAAUGUGCCUGCUUUUUUUAUGAUCUGAUUCUUCAUAUGCCAAGGCACCAUGCUGCUGCUUGUAUUGCCAUGCAGCUCGUAACACCCAGUAAUUCAGACAAACUGCCUGGAAUCCUGGGUGUUCCACUAUGCUCCUCUAGGAGGCUCCUCCAUAUUUUUAACUUCAACUGCCUCCAAAUAUUUACGUUUUACAACAGCCACCCGUUGGAAGCAGAUAUUUCCCCCCCCCAUCCAAUAGUAGUUAUUUUCUUUAGUCAUAAAUAUUGAACGUCGGUUAAUGGAGGGCAACAGAGCAAGUGUUGAAUAUUGACCUUUUCAUUCUGCACCCUGAAAAUUAUCAAACUGCCAUAAGUCAAGACAGAGAAUAUUAUUUCAAUUUUGAGCUUAUUCACUCUCUAACGUUUAUGGCUUCAUCAUACUAUCUCCUGCCCAUAACCACAAAAUAGUUUCAAAUAUGUACACGUUUUCAAUACUGGGUGUAUCAUAAUAGAAGUUCCUGCAGUUAUAUCUCAUCAAAUGCAAUAUUAUUGUAGUUAACAUAACCAUUGUUGUGCUCCAGACAAAAACUUAAGUGAAUACGACACGUACCAACCUCAAAAAUCAUAUACUGGGGAGCAGAAACGUUUUAUGCAAGCAGUUAGUUCACAUGGGUAUGGAGGUGUAUCUCAUCCCAACUUUCAAUUGUCUUAAUAAUAACAUCAGGAUACACAGAAGCUAGAAUAAUAACUUCUGAACCAAAUUCAUUGACAGAGCAAGACACAGUAAAAAUAAGUGAACGACUUGUAGGAAAACAACUGUACAGCGCCUUUCAGUUAUUAUGUAUAACAAUCUGUAUAACAACAAAAGAGACAAAUUUUAAAGUGCAAGCACUCCUCGAGUCGAGCAUGAGCGGCUGUCAAGGGGCAAAGAUAUGGAAAUUUGUUUGCGUUGCAGUCAACGAAUUACGAGAGCGUAGUUAUUGCUUCCGUUAUAAAUCACUGCUUUUUGUAAAACCAGGAUUAAAGCAGAAAUUAAAAGAAAACAACACUGAGACAACUUACCCAGAUUAUCAUUUCCAGUAGUCGUUAGAAGGGGAAGGUACGCUUUCGACUACUUGCACAUAUGAAAUAUGAAAACAAUGAUCUAAAAUUAUAAACGCUAAGUAUGCAAAAAAAAAUGCGUGUUGAAUUAGUCCUUUUCCUUUUACAAUUUGAAGCAUUCAUAGCAUUGAUGAAAUCAAGCGAUUUACGGAUCGCACUGUACACAAGAAUUGUUCAAAACCAUCUAGGCACUCACCAUUCUUCACUGCUAUCGAGAUUGCUGCGGGCGAGUAGUAGGCUCGAUGUUUUCUGGCGACGUACGAACUUCAUCAGCUUCGAACGAUCUUCCAGGCGGCUCAGAACGCCGGGGUUGAAUUUCCGUGAAGGGCUACCCUAUACUUCGCAUUCUAAAAGUUUUCUAGAACCGAAUAAUCGGACAAAGAGGUAGCGCUAUCACUUGAAGAACUACAGUCAGCCAUAUUCGAGAUCAUCUGUUGUUCCACACCUGUGACGUCACGUCACGUGAUUGGCAAAAUCGAAGCGUUAAUGGCGGAAGUUCGAGUAAGCGGCAAAUUUAACACUUUGAAUCUCGAUUUCUGAGCCAAAUAGAUCGCUGAAGAUAUAUUUCUUGGUGGUAUUACAAUGAGAAAAACAUUUGCAAGGUUUUUCUGAAAAAUGUUGUCCUACGCGAGAGUUGCCCUUUAAACCCUUGAAAACAUUUUGGUAUAAUUCCAUGAAUGCUUUCUUGACUUUGCUAAGCAAAAUUGAAAAAGUAAAUUUUAGUCUCAAAGUUUUAGAUUUUUUAGUCUUGUAGCUUUUGACUGUAUCGCAAAGUCAUUUAUUAUCACGUGUCUGAUUUAUGUAAUGACAAGACUCUGCUAUACAGUUGAAAGCUAUAAGACUAAAAAACGCUGAGACUUUGACACUAUAAUUUAUUUUUUCAAAUAGUUUGGUACAGUAUGUUCAUCAUGGUUUCCUUAAAUUUGUGUUCUUAGUUCAAAUAAUUAUGUCUCCUUUGUUUUUGGCAAAUAAUUCGCACUGUACAGUAUGAUGAUAUGUUUGAAGCUAAGGAAUGAAAUUGAAAUUUGAAGCAAGGAUAUUUUUCUCACCACAACAUAUGCAGCCUGUGUAUUAAUAAAAUUAAUACAAUGUAGUAUACAAUGUACAUUGUACAUUGAAGUUGUAUUUGUUCAUCAGGAGGAUGCUCAAAAUGUAUGCAGUUCCAAAACUAGUAACAGUAACAACAAUUUUAAUUUUGCUGUCUGUUGCUUUGGAUGCAGUAAAGGGCAUGAAUUGUAAAAGAAAGUGUGCCACUUCCAAGGAGAGAUUAUUCGAAGCCUUAAGUACUAAUGGUGGUUCCAUUGAUUUGCAGUUUGCUGUGAUUAUUCCUUCCAUGUAGCCGUGACAUGGUGGAGUGAUGAAGUUGGAGAAGAGAUGGAAACACUUGUUAAAGAAAAAGGUAGCAUUAAAAAUUAAAGGGCUUAGUGAAUAUCACCAUACUGCUGCUGUCAUUUGACUGAAAUACAAUCCAGAGCUCAGUUGUUCAGAGGUUGAAUAGUGAUUUCCAAUGGAUAAAUAGCUGUCCAGUGGAUAAGAAUUUGGGUAGAGAUUUAUCUAUAGCAUAGCUCUAUCCACCUUUUCAGUGACUGUAAUGUAACAAAAUAGAGCGGUUUUCACUUGACUGUCGAAAGUAAUUGAGGAAUUGGUUUGGUUUUCUUUUUACUACGCCCUUUGGUUGGCUACCCUUGUAGAACCAGACAUAUGCAAAACCUAUGCUCAUGCUAUUUGUUUACUAUGUUGGACUAUGUUUCAGCUAUGUUAUGUUCACUACUGCCUAUGUAUUAACUAUGUAACACACCAAACAACAUAGUCCAAAGUAUGCAAAAUCUAUGUUGAAACUAUGUUUAGGCUAUUUAGUGGGGCGGAUAUGUGCUUGGAUUGUGCGACUUUUAGUUAAAAGCAUGAAACUGGGCAGAAGAGUUUAACUUCAUGUGCCUAUCAAAUGUGGAUAUGGAGCCAUUGCGAAAUAUUAUGGGUUGUCGAGAUAUUUCCGGUAUCGAAAAUAGCCAUUAAUUAAAACCGGAAGUGAACAUUUUCAAACCGGAAGUAGUUUUUAACAAUCAUAUUUCCAUUCUCUGAAUCAACUAAUUUGAAUAUCGACAGAUUAGGGAGAUGCAUAAUGAAUUUAACUAUUUUUUUGGUGUGAAAAAAUUAUUAUUGUGCUGUUUUGGGGUCGGGAUUAUGUUACUACAAUCCACGACAAAAACGCAAGCAAUUUCAAACUAAUUUAAGCCAUGAUCUAGUUUUACAUUUAUGAUCAAUAAACAAAGGUAUUUUCCUAGCCUAGAAUUCUGCCUGACUACAGAGCAAUGUUACAACAAGUUACUUUGUUACCCUCUGUAAAUUCGAGUGAAAAAAAAGUUUAUGUUGUUGUUGUUGUAUUUCGAUAAAUUAUUCAUCGUUCACCUAUAUACCAUAAAAUACCUUAACUCUAUUUAUUUUCUUAAGAAAUAAUAAAAAUCAAUUGAAGGUUGAAUAACAAUCAUGUAUCAUCCCAGUCAUCCGCGCAGGUGCAGAGGUCAGUACAGCGUAAGCCUGCCUCUGUACAGGAACAUCUUUCCUGAUAUCCUUUUUUACAUCCGAAUCGGACAACUUCUCCACACUAUUUUGUCACAUGAGGUAAUGUUGUCCAGAAUGGCUUCCAAAUGCCUUCAUCCAAUGUCCAUCCCCACUCUUGUAGACUCGGUAAUACUGGACUAGGCACUAGUGCUUGUCCCCAGCAGUCACCUGCCUGAUAUGCAGCGCGCUUAGUGUGUUCCACUAGAGCUGCUCUUGUUGGUGAGACGGCGAUGGUAACUGUUGUAUUGUAGCAACUGAGAGAUGGUAAGACCAGCCUGAGACUUGGUUAAAGUGCUAGCUUGUAUUUCAAUGUUAGGACCAUAAAGAAUCAUAUUGACGAGAAAUACAGGUGAUGGUGGAACGGAGUUUGCUCCAAAAGAUCCGUCAAAUGUGUAUUUCUGUGUGAACAUUUCUUUGCCCACAAUGCUUACGGCACCUGAAAAUUUCGGUUUAAACAAAAAUCGUCCCCUAAAAUGCAAACGGAGUUUUGUAAAGCAUAGAGAAAUCCCUUUUAGGUAUUUCUUUCUUGUUUGUAAAAAUUUGUUCGUUGGGUACCUCUGUGUCUUUCUUUUGAGCUUUCUUCUGCAUCGCGUUGGAAAGAUGAUUUUUGAAGGCCAAGGUUCUUGUGUUGUAGUGUGGAUGCGUGCAGGUGUGUUUUUGCCAAGCUGUUUCAAAUGGGACGUACACUUAAGCCCCGUGCAGACGGACGCAACAUUGUUGGCCAACAACUCCCAGCAUUGUUGGAUGUUGCAUGUUGCGUCCGUUUGCACACCCUCUUGUUGAGAGUUGUUGCGCAAAGUUUGAAACCGGUCAAACUUUUCAGCCAACAACUCCCAACAUUUCUUUUGUUCUGUGAUCGCCGAAGCGUAGCGCAACAAUGUUGGAUCCGUUUGCACGGUUCUUCCAACAGUGUAGGGGCCACGCACGCUGAUUACGCAUGGAUUACAGAGACCUAUGGGUUGUAUUCUUCCCACGAUGCACUGCAGGUCCCAAACUUGUUGGAAGUUGAUGCAUCCGUUUGCACACCACUGCCAACCCGCACGCAACAACACCCAACAUUGUUCGCGCAACAAUGUUGGGAGUUGUUGUGUCCGUUUGCACGCAGCCUUAUCAACAUAAUUCGGCAAGUCUGAAAACUGGGAGCUCUGCACUACUAACCAUACGUGACUUUUCAAUAAUGGAAACCAGCUCAACAAGCGCCAUACCCUCCAGUCAUCGAGGACUUGUCCCAUCUUCUUUGCCUUCCUCUUUGACUGUCUCAGCCUUUUUAUAUAGUGAUGCUAAACAUGAGGCUUAAUAUUUAGUUUCUGGUGCUACCAAUUACAAGUCGCCUGCAAUGUCGUUGCCGACGUCCUGACGAGAGCAUCUAAACCAAAUGUUAAGACAUUGUGAAGGGGGUUAUUUCGUGUAGAGUACUCUCCACAAAAAAGCAUGUACCGUCACUGUUGAGAGAUGGAAGCAAAGCUGACCGUGUAUACUUUCCACCAACUGCUCGUUUCAACUUCGUAGAAUUGAAGAGAUCAUAGCAACUUUUGUGCCAGAGUGCUUGGCACCUUACGAACGUAUUCUCUAAUCCAUCACCUUCAUCUAGCCGUGAAAGAUCUACCUGUAUAGGCAUGCAAUCGUGAUCCCUAAACUUCGCUAUAUUCCCAGCCAAGGUCGUGUAGCCUGAUCCAACAUCACACGAGCGCUUGGAAUCUGCGGAACACCUUAAAGGCUCUACUUUGUUUUGCUGGCAAAUGGCACAUUUAGUCCAAUCGGUCUUAGCAAUAACAUCCGUGUUAUCUAUUUAUCCCCACGGCUACUGCCACUUUUCGGCAUUUCGUUUGCAAUUAUUUAAAUUUCUGCUGUCAAGAAAAAGAACAAUUAUAACGCGUUGGAUAUGAGAUGAUAGAUAGCCAACGAGGCGCGUAGUGCCAAGUUGGCUAUAAUCUUCUCAUAUCCAACAAGCGCGAGUGGAAUAAUUUUUUUUUAUUAAAAACGUCCAAAAAAAAUAUCGAGAAUUCUUCCCGACUUUAUUUGUAAAAACAACCGAUUUUCAGCUUGUUUUCAAUUUUGAGGUAUAAUGGCUCAUGUACAAUGAUGGCUAAGCCAAUCAGAGCUCUAGAAAUGAAUAAUCCAAUGAUUCAGUUUUAAUAAUAAGGUAUAUACUCUGCACAUCUUUUUCCAUUGCAAUACUCGAUUGAUACAAAUCGAGCUGACUAAAAGUAAAAUGACAACAACCACAACAAAACAAAAAUACCCAGUUGUACCACCUCAAACGUGGUUAAUUUGGUUAACUGGGGCUCUAUGUUAACUUGAACAAAUACUUAUUUUAUUGGACUUGAUUGUAUUUUUACAUCAGUUGACUAAAAAUUGGUUAAUUCGAACUAGAUGUUGAAAUUGUACCAAAAUGACUCAAUUAAAGAAAGAAAUUUAAAACAUCGAUACCAUUUUGAGCAUUUUCUCAGGUUACUUCUGAGAGCCUGGAACAGGCUAAGGCUACUACAAAUGUUAUACCAAAACCCACUUACUAGUCCAGCGGGCUAAGUCAACUGUUUUUUUUUUUUAUUAUUAGUGUGGAUCUACCGGAAAAUAUUUGUUACAGGGCAUGUAGUGACACUCAAACAGAUCUCUUCCGAUUUUUUUUUUAAGCUCUAAACUACAUUGACUAAUCUUUCUAGCUAACUCCUAUCUGCCUAUGUGUCUUUGUGAUAAAUUCUUGUGUUCUAAAACGUAACAUGCAAGUCUAACCCCACAAAUGGUGAAACAAGUGUAAAUGUUAUCAGACCUUAAUUUUGCAUCAUGGAUAUUUUAACUGAGACCACCAUCGGCUAUCUCAAGUUUUCGGUUACGUUAAGUAACAGAAAUCAAUUUUAAAAGUCGCAAUAACCGUCAUUCCGAACCGGCCAUAUGCGUUGUGAGAGGGGCUCAACUUAGUGAUUUAUUCUUUAGCUGCGGACGUAAAAUUUAAUAACCUUGAUACAAAAAUUACGGCUCUUAAACAAUAGCUUUGUCUAUUUUCAAUUUUUUUACUAUUACAACGUUUAUUGUUUUGCAGUAAUCAACUGCCUUUUUUACAUCUUUCUCUUAGCAAUUCGGACAAAAGUGUGUACUUCCGGUCUAAAACGGAGUUAAUGCCAAACGCUAAAAUUCUCCAAUUCCUGAAUUCUCUCUGCAUUAUUUCAAUAAUACAGCCUCUUAAUCUUUGUAAAUAAGAAUAAAUGAACAGAUUUUUGAACUUAAGAGUUAUUGAAAAGCAAAGAAAUUUAACUUCCAGCAAUUUAUACUUUCACUUCCGGUCAAGAUGGCUGCCGUUUAAAUAAAAUCCCCAUAACUCGCGUCUGCACCAAAAUCCGGGAUGGCUCCAUAUCAGAGAUUAACCAAUGCAACUAAGGCAACAUUUUUGCCAAAUAUGAUGCUUUUAACCCAAAAGCGCACAAUUUGACUCAAAUUCUGCAUAUAUCCGCCCCACUAAUUUGAAAAGCACAUAGCUUUUGAAUACCUAUGCAAAUACUAUUCAAAAUCUUUUCGUAGUCUUGACAUAGCUAUGUAUUUACUAUGCAAUAGAAAGUUCUGCUUUUCCUUCCGAUUAGCAUCCUAUGUAUUCACUAUGCAUCAAAGUAAAAUAGCUUUUACAUAGCAUUUCGAUCUUCACUUUUAUUUCCAACAAGUUUCUUAGCUUUUACAUAGUGCUAUGUAUAUUCUAUGCUAUGUGAUGAAACAUAUUUGCAGCCUAUGUAUUCACUAUGUGACAUUUUCAUUUAGCUUUAUCAUGAGAUAAAGGCUACAUAGCUUUUACAUAAACAUAUUUUUUCCUAUGUCACUCAUAUGAAAAAUAUAUGUAGUCUAUGCGUUUCCUAUGUGAUAUUCCAACAUAGCUUUUAAGUGACUAGGCAUGUUGAUGGUAUCGCUUACAGAAGGCUAAGCAUACUUCCAAAGUAAAAAGCAGUGUUUUAAACUAAGACACUGAAAAAUCAUGUACUAUAAUUUUUUUUGUGCUUGCAGAUAGUUUCUUAGUGAGAAGACUUUUGUUAAGCAUUGAAUCGCUACAUCCAUCGUCCCUGUCUUAACUUUCCUUUCUAGCUUUUCCCUAGAGUUCUUCACUUGAAAUGAUACUUCCAAGCAUCAUUUUCUUCUUUUACAUUGGGUUCGAUCCUUCGUCUUGAUUGUGGACGUCUCCUGAAUAUAACUGCAUGGUCAAAACUACGAAACGCUACCUGCCUCGGUGGAUGUUUGCCAGCCAUUUUGUUUCCACUAGUUCCCAGGGAAGCCCGUGAGUUCAACACAUGCGUAUUUUGCGUUUUAUCAUCACGUGGGCCUUUUCAACCAAUGAAAAGGUGUGAAAAUUGUCUGUUUCCACGCGGGCGCUUUCAAGUCAAAGAAGACGAGCUGUAAGCGUGCGUUUUACAAGAAGACGCUUCUUUUUACUUCAAUUUACAGUCUUUUUCCUGCCAGGUUCAACAAAAAGUAUUCCUAACGUUGGUAAGUGAUGUUUUUCUCAAUUAAGUUUCGAUUUGCCUGUGUUGUCUCCCCUUUUCGCGUAUCUGAACAAGGAUCGGUCGAUCACGCUUUGAUACUCCUUCGUUUCAAUUCUAAAACGUCAGGUUGUUUUUAUGUUCAUUUGCCUUAAAAUCUCCACUUUUCUGUUUGCAGAUACUUAUUCGUUGUAGUCAAAAGGAAACUGUAUGGCACUGAAGAGCACGACAUCAGCAAAAAGUCUACACGAUAAGCAAACUUAAACUUGGGGUUUCGAUUCUGAAACCUCCAUGAAAAUACUGCAUUUGUGUUACUAUUAGUGUUCGUGGUAUUAUAUUGCCAUAGUUUUUCAAUUUUUCGUUUCAAAACCUAUUUCUUACCAAUGUAAAAGGUAUUCUAAUUCAUAUUUUUAUACUAUUUUUACUAUUUUGGUGAUUUUUACGAACGUAUUUUAAACACUACAUUUGCUUAAGCAGAUCGAAACCUACAUACAUAAGAGACUAUGUCAAUUCUAUGUAAUUUCUGUUUGAACUUUAGUUAAAGCUUGUGUAUGUGAUAUGUUUUACCUAUUCAAAUACUAUUAAAAUCCUAUUUCAAACCUAUGCAAAGACUAUUUGUUCUGUGUUUUCCCUAUUUUAAUGCUAUGCAAAGUAUAUGUCACCUUUAAAAAGGCUAUGUUUUUCAUAUGUUUUUUCUAUUUCUAGGCUAUCUAAAUUCUAAGCAAACCCUAUUCAAAAGCUAUGUAAUCAACUGUUCCCUGUUCCAUUUUACUAUGUAAACUCUAUUUCAGUCCUAUGUGAAGGCUAUUUAUUUUCUAUGAUUUUUCUAUGAGGUUGACUAUGAAGUCUAAAAUCUCUUUCCACAAGCUAAGUAAACUGUAUGUAUAGGCUAUGUGGAAACUAUGUCAUUUCUUCCUUUUUUCCUACCUUUAAAAACUACAUAGCUUUUAAGUAGGUUCCGUUUGACUAGCGAAAACAUAGCAUUUUCGAUACAAAAAACAUAGUCCUGGCAUAGAAACAACAUAGGAUCUGGUUAAAGCAAUGUAUGAGUGAUUAACAUAGGUUUUGCAUAGCUUUGUGACAUAGCAUUUGCAUAGAUUCUACAUAGUGUCUGAUUCUACAAGGGUACUGUAUUUACUUUGGUUUUGGUUUUACGACAGUCAAGUGAAAACCGCUCUAAUGCAAAAAGCAAAGUAUCCAAUCUGAUGGUCAACAAUAAGAGUUCCUUUUUCACACUGUCCAUAGGUACGGAAGUUGCAUGAAGGAACAAUUAUUGCUGCAGUUAAGAAAAAUCUUAGUUACUUGUCCUUAUUUUACAGGUAUAAAUUCAUUUAAAACCUUCAUGGCUUAUAAAGAUGUUUUUAUGCUAUCUGAUGAAGAGGUAAAGUAGCAUUUUUUUUACGUACAUCUUUAUAUUCACAGAAUUCAACUUUCUUCUUUGAAUCAAAGCAGGCAUAAUUAUAUUUUCCUGUUGGUAUUAAAAAAAUAAAUAAAAAUAAAUUCAUGCAUGAAUAAAAUGAAAUUACAGUACACGUAUGUAUAUUUUCACCUGAGCAGUUCUUGGUGGUGUCUAUAUAUAAUUAUUAGACUGCAAAACAGUUGGUUUUUUUUCUCAAAAUCAGUAAAGAAAUCGGUAAAGCAUGGCCUUUUGUUUGACUGCUUGCGUGUACUUGAAUACGCAGAAAUAUGGACUGUUUUGCAGUCUAAUAAUAUCAGUUAUAUGUACAUGUAUGCUUGUUACUAAUGUUCUUUGUUCAUCUUUUAUUUCCCCGUGUGGCAGAUGUAUCAUUGUUACAGCAAGUGUAAAGAUAUUGGAGCCAUUGCACAAGUUCAUGCUGAGAAUGGAACUCUUAUCGCAGAGGUAAACUAGAGUUAUUAUAAUGCCAUAUAUGACAUAAUUAUGCAUGUAAUUUAUUGGCUAAUAUUAAACCUAAUUAAUUAUUGUUUUGGUAGACGAUGACGAGUCGCAAUUUUUUGUGCGUGGUGUAAAUGAGUCUGAUAUUAUUAUUGGUUUAUUACGAUUCAGCAUUCUUGCUUUGUUUUGUCAUUUGUUGGAGAAAUGGAGAGUCACCAUUGUCUCUGAAGAUAGAGACCAGACUGCACAUAAACAAAGCAUUAUUAUUGUCUACAGCAAAACAACUUUUUGAGGUGACUCGCUUAAGGCAGUAUGUAUUUCAUGUAUUUCACUGGGUAUGUAAAAUGUUAGUCCGUCAAUUUUCCGCUUUUACCAGCUAUUUUAGGAAGUGAGAUUGGAAAUUUUUCCUCUUUUGUGUAUUAGCAGACUAUUUCCUCUAGGUAGUGUACACUGACAGUUAUCUGCAGUGGUGCUAUAACCUCCAGACUAAACAAAACGUCAUGCUAGUAAAGCUACACAACUGUAUGUCAACAUAACUGUUGCUGCAAUAGUACAUUUUUUGGGUAUUUCAUUAUUAAUAUAUUGUUUUGUUGUUUUUUUUUCUGUCGCAGAAUGCCAAGAAGAUGGUUGCUCUUGGCAUAACUGGCCCUGAGGGACAUGAGAUGUGCCGCACAGAGGAAGUGGAGACAGAAGCUUGUGUGAGAGCUAUGAUGAUAGCCAAUCAGGUUUGGGCUUUACUUCUUUACCUCCUUACUUCUCAACUGGCUAAAAAACAGUUGUUGUUGGUUUUUUUGUUUUUUUUUUCUUAGUCAACUUUUUCGAGGACCCGGUAGUGAAAAUCCGUCAACACCACUGCAAGCAGUACCCUAAAAUUUAUAAACUUGCCAAGUUGGAAAAGUGAUGUGUCAGCAGUGAGCAAUGAUAUUCAUGCAAAGUUGCCAAAUCAUACAGAUGCUUGUGCAUGUAUAGUGGAAAGCCAUCCUCGGAGACCCAGGGGCAAAUAGUGGAGGCAAGGGAAAGUCUAAACAGGCGGAAAAAUAUGGCACAAAAGAAAAGUAAAGAACGGCCAGAAGAGCCCCUGGGGACAAUGUCUUACCAGACCAGUUCCAAACGGUCGCCGCCGUUGUGGCUUCUGAUUGGUGCCAGAAAAACACAAGUUUUCUGGCACCAAUCAGAAGCCAGAACUUUAGACUUUCCCUCGCCCCCACUAUCUACCCCUGGGUCUCUGAGGAUGGUGAAAAUCACAAACUUGUCCCCCAUCAUUCAAGUCUCUGUAGAAUUCUGUAACUUUGUAGAGUCAUACAUGUUACUUCAUUAUUAUUACUUUCAAACUUGGCAACUUAAGAUGCCACGACAAUUUUUUUUUUUUUUUUUUUUUUUAUUUUUUUUUAAAUAUUUUUAUUGAUAAUCACAUUAAAUAAUUACAUUUACAAAACACCCAAAAAAAACACUUUAACAAGAGACAUUAACAGAGUAAAGCAAAAAAAAAAUUGUCAAAUUAUUACAGGAGGUGUUACAGGGCUAAAAGAAAUUGUAAAACAAUGGUUGCUAACUCUUCCUAACCAUGUGUAAACGUGGAAGGCUCUAUCAACGCUUCAUCAUUCUUCUUGUUUUGAUUUGAGCUUUCUUGCACUUGCAGUUAAACUGCCCCCUUUACAUUGUUCAUGUGAUGAGUAAAACGUCUGCCCAGGCUAUUGCAGAUGCACGUAGGCGAGGUGUUGUUGUUGUGGGUGAACCUAUCGCUGCAAGCUUAGGUACUGAUGGAACAAAUUACUGGCACAAGUGUUGGAGACAUGCAGCAGGUAUAAAAAUAAAGAAAGAAAUAAAUGAAAUUAUUCUGAUAUUGUUCUUGUACAAGGUUUUUUGCCCACUGAAAAUUCAAAUUAAUCAAUUUCGUAAUGGAUUCCAUCUUAAAACACUUUUAAUCUCUGACAAUUAUCGUCAAGGUUGUACAUAAUUAUUUUCUUUUGGUAUCAGAUAGGUCAUGUAACCCAAGUUGCAAAGGGACUAUUGGAGACUACAAUGUACUCCACAACUCUAUUAUUUCAUGUUGUUUGGCAAAAUAACAAUUUGUAAUAAUAUUUGUAAUUACUUGUUUUUCACUUUUUCAGGUCAUGUCAUGGGUCCACCACUCAGACCUGACCCGACCACCCCUGGGUUCCUUAUGGAUCUUCUAGCCAAGUGAGUAGUUUUGUUGUUGGCUUUCUUUCUUUCUUCCUUUUUUUUUUAUCUUAUUUCCUUUUGUUCAAUUCGUGGCAAACCGUUUGAAUCUUGGCUUCUUGCAGUCUGACAACCGGUCUUUCGUCCCGGCCAAGUGACUCAUCAGAGACCGUUCUUAAAUUUAGCAAACUCGAUCUUUUAGCAUCUAGCUCAAAGUUCCGUUUGCUAUCAGCACAGCAAUCUCGUCUUAUAUCUUAUAUCAAUGCUUCAUGUCAAACUGAAUAUGUCGCCCAACUUUGACCAAGCAUUAAAUUAAACGUUACAGACAACAAAAAUAAAUUUUGAAAAACUGUUAUGCUAACAAGUUUUCAAAUACCACAAUUUUUAUUUCCGUUUUAAUUUUCAUCAAGUUUGUCCGUCCAUGCCUCCUUUUGUAUUUGCUGCGUAACUUACCGUAAAAUUCCGAAAAUAAGCCCCGGGGCUUAUAUUUCUCAAAGGCCCUUUUUGAGGGGCUUAUUUUUGGAGGGGCUUAUAUUUGGAGGGGCUUAUACAUGAAGGGGCUUAUUUUCGGAAUUUUACGGUAUGCCUUCUGUUAAUGUUUUAAGUUGUUAUUUAUUUAUUUAUGUUUCACUUAAUUUUGUGGUAGCUCCUUUAAGCAAGUUCUCCUCGCUUACCUGUGAAGGGCAUCAGGGCCUGAUGAUCUGCAUUUAUUUAGCGACACAUUCUCCAUUCAUUUAUUAUUUUCACUGUUAGAAUAACCACGGAUUCUGCCUGCGCGCAAAGUUGGUAUUCCGUAGCACCCCAGGGCAUUACAGACAAUCGUGUGGAAGUCUCAGGGGAGUCCUUCCAGCUAUGCCGUGAUUUCGGUCUCUUUUGGCAAAUAACGUCGUUCUUAGCCGGGUUAUAAUUUUUGACCCUCCCACCUCCCCUUCGGCGAUGCGUAUCUCCCUCUCCGUUCUCUGUAUAACGUUCCUCUGCCUUUGAAAAAUCUCGCUUCCCAUAACUUAGUUUCGCGAAGGUAGUAAGUGGUUGUUCUGACAGUGAAAAUGGUGUACUAUUUUGUUUGUUUGUUUAAAACUGGGCUAAUAUUGUGUUGUUACACCGACCUUUACUUAUUUACGUUUGUAUAAAACUGAGUUCAUGAUCAUUAAUAAUGCUGAAGUGUACUGUAUAGUUUUCUUGUAGUUUAAGGGAUUUUUUUUCGUUGUAUUUAUAGUGACGACCUACAGCUAACUGGAACAGACAAUUGUACGUUUUCUGCAGAUCAAAAGGCGCUUGGAAAAAAUGAUUUCCGGAAGAUUCCAAACGGGGUUAAUGGUAGAGUAUCCUCCAAUCUUCUACUUACUUAAGUUCAAUUGCAGCAGUCCGCGGUGCGAAGGUCUUUUCAGCUAUCCUGCUAAGCUGUGAACAUUUUGUCUAUGCCCGGCUGAGUCACUGGUUAGACUGGACAAAACAAAGCUGUGGUCGGACUUAUUUAAGGAUGGAUCAUGCCUUUUAAAUGAAAGUUACACAUGUAAGGCUCGAUUACCGGCCGCUCUUCGGUAAAUGAGCCCGCGCUCCUCCCUCGGAAAUCGAGCCUUAUGAAAGGUGUGCCUUCUGGACAUAAUUAAUGGAUGAAAUCAAUAUCUAAUUAUUAGAUAUUAUUAAUUUUGGGGUAUCAGUUCACUAACUAUCGAGUAUUGAUGAUAAUGAUGAGUAUUCAAGGACGAGUAGACGAUGUGCAACAAAAUGGUUAGUCGCUGAUGGCAUUGAUUAACCAUCGAUAUAAUCUCAUUGCUACGCAAACCACUUGCAUUAAGAGAUGUCAUUUGUGUAUUUUAUGGCCAAAGCAAAGGCAGUAUUAUUGAUUCUGGUCAACACUGAAAAGACUUUUAAAGAAGUUCCUGGCUGCAAGACUGCCUUAUAUCUUAUUUGGGCGUAAAUUAGCCGAGGGGUAUGUUCAAAUCCAUAAUUAUUAAUCCAUAAUUGCGUACAAAAUAGUGAGCAAGAUUCAUUUUUUUUUCUUUUUUUUCUUGACCCAGGUGUUGAAGAUAGAAUGUCUGUAAUUUGGGAAAAAGGCGUGGUGAGUUAUCCAUUGAUCGUAAUAAAAAAAUAAUAAAUGUUUAAGACGGGAAAGUUGUUUUAUAGAGUGAGAAGUGAAAUUCCAGUUGAUCCUCAACUCAGUCUAGAGAACAUAUGAUAACUGUCUCUAAUGAAGUCACAUGUAAAUCACCGUUGACAUUUCUUGCUUCAUAUUCUGCUCUGUGAUUUUUUCAAAUUGUUGUUUUAUGUACGCGCUCCAUGGUACAAGGCGAAGAAACGUUUUUAUCUACACAAGAUUAUCCUCUCUUGAUCUGCAUUACUAAAUACAUAUAAUUAUUUGCCACGCAUUUGUCGAGUUCUGUUAAGCCUUCCACCAGGCUCUCGUGUAUGUUUGUUUCGCUCGUAGCCGUGGCGCAUAAAACCCCGCCCUUGAUAGCGUGCCAGAACGUGGACUUUAAAUUUGUGGUCACGGAAUGAGUUUAUCUUGUCGUUUGCCUGUGGUGAUAGGGGUGGAAAGCCUUAUGUUCUUUGAUGCACAGAAUUUUCUUCUCUUUUGUUGUAGGCAUCAGGAAAGAUGGAUCCCUGCCGUUUUGUUGCAGUAACUAGCACUACCGCGGCCAAAAUUUUCAAUAUCUAUCCUCAAAAGGUAAAUUGCAGUGGUAUAAAACACUAACAGUAUGGCUGUCUUACAAAUUUUCUUAUUACACUAGACUCAGACAAUUUAUUCUUGUUACCAUUAAGUCUCGUAUUUUCACUCAUCUUUACGUAUUCGAGUCUUUUUCCCAAGUUAAUUAUAUAACUCAUUUUCGUGAGCCACCGCUAUCAUUCUAAGAGCUCAUAUCAGAUUCACGCUUUUUCUACACCCCGUAUACUUAAAGAUAAUCAAUAAAAAACGUACUUCCAGUCGUAAUCUUGUACGACUUCUAAAUUCUGAGCUUGAAGUUUAGACAUAUUCUCCACUGCAGCGACCAAAUACCUGAAUUCUGGCACCUUGCUUCCAGUUUGCCUCAAGCUGCGUGCAAUUGGACGCAACAACUCCCAACAUGGUUGGCCAUGCAACAGGGUGUGCAAACGGACACAACAUAACAAUUAACAAUGUUAGGAGUUGUUAAACAACAGUGUUGCGUCCGUUUGCACGGGGCUUCAUAGCUCAAUCGGAAGAGCGCUCCGGUAUAUCUAUAACAGAGGUCCCAAAUUCAAGCCUCAACGGAGUCAAUAGCAUUUUUUUAAUUCGUGGUUUCUUUCGCUUCUUUUUUUAGAGUGUGAGGUUGCGAGCGAGUGUUUCUCACUCUUAAGCACUCACAAAAAUUAUGAAAUUUAUAUUUGAUAUCGUGCACAUGUAUGUUUUUAGGGUCGUAUUGCCCCUGGUUCUGAUGCUGAUGUGGUUGUGUGGGACCCUGAAGCCACCCGUGUGAUAUCUGCCAAAACUCAUCACCAAGUAAGAUAUGAAACAUGUAAAUCUGUGAAAAUGAACAAGUGGUUCUGUAUCUUGAACUGUAUGAAAACCACAUUAUUAUAUUACACAGACAAUUCUCUCCAACAUCUUGGACACUAAGGACGGUCAUGCCGUGUUCACAUUACAUCGGAUGUAACUUUUGCGCAGGCACGAAAACCAUACCAGAUAGGCCUGCUUUUCACACCUAAGAACGGCGAUUUCCGCGCGAUUUCUGUAACGGAAAGAAGCUGGGCCGCACCAAUAUCUGAAGUGGAGAGUCGCAUAUCGCUACUAUACUGGAGAGAUUUUCGUGUCCGCACGAAAGCUCUCCGGUUUAGUGUGAACACAGCUUAAGAUCCGACGACGCCAAGGCAACAAAAAGCAACAAGAUCGUCAUUUCGCGACAAUGUUGCAAACGCUGUUUUGUGCUAAAAAUCUUGGUGGCCCGUGCUGCACACUUUUUUGUACAUUACAUUUUGUACAUGUCACUGCAUGGUUUUACAACGUGAAAGAGCCUUGGAGGUCGUAAACAGGCCACUGCGAAAUUUUCUUUGUCUUUCUGAGUUAGGAUAUGGUUGUUAGGAAUUCAACUCCAAAAGUUUUCGCCUAUAUUUGACAAAAGAAGUAAGUUGGAAUCAUCGUGAUGAAGAAAAAGUUUAUGCCGCCUUCUUCGGAUACAAUGGUCCCUUUUUUGAUGGCGUUUAAUCGUACAACUUUUUCUUUUGGCAGGCGGUGGACUUUAACAUCUUUGAAGGAAUGGAAUGCCACGGAGCAGCUGAUGUAACAAUCUGUCAAGGAAAAGUAGUUUACGAACGUGGUGAGGUUAGUUCAAUCAUUUUUCUUCUUAUAAAGGGCCCUUUUUCUAGAAAGGGUUCCCAAAAUCUGUUUGAAAAUUUCGGGGCAAUUGUUGGUUUGAAAAUAGUUUUCGUUUUUACCUUCCUUUCCUUUUUUUUUUUGUCGUCGUGCUAAUUAAUAAUUUUCUUUAUCGCUUCUAUUUGACUUCUCAUCAAGCUCUGGAAUAUUUGCAGCUUAGCUCUCUCCUGAAAUAAUAACUACUCAUGGUUCACAAUGAUAGCUGAUAGAAAUAAGACGUGGUUUCUGUUUUACGUUGUUUGAUAUGUUAUUAAUAUUCGAGGUUUUCAUCUUUAGUUAGCUGCUCUGGUUUUGUUAUUUUCAACAGAAGUGCCUAGUAAAUUUUGUUUCAAAGUAAUUUUAAGAUUGGGUUGCAAAUCUUUGAGGAUUAUUCUGCCAAAAGUUAAAAAACGCGAGCACACCUCAUUCUUGGGGUUCUUACCAUUUCACUGAAACCUCCCUGGUGGAAAUCUUGUGCAAAAACAUAAAACUUUAAAAUUUGGCGUGGUUGGAGAACAACCCACCACUACAAAGUAUAUCCAAAUCAUCAGAACAGACUAAAAGAGUAGAAAAAUAAAUUUACAGCCCAUAUUUUCUGAAGCCUUCCUUAACGGCCUGGAUAGCCUUAAAUAUUUGAUUUUCCCUUGUAGAUGGUAAGUACCCCCUAGUUUAUGGCUUGAAUAAAUCGACGGUAUUUGCUGAGAUUUAUAAUGGAAUUCCUUAUAUCAGAUUGUAUCGGAAGCUUUUUGUAACGCCGUCAAGUAAUCCUUUAUUUUCUCCAUUUAUUACGUGCUUUUUAUUUAUUACAGCUCAAUGUGGUUCGCGGUUCUGGUCGGUUUAUCCCCAACCCACCCUUCUCUUCAUACAUGUAUGGCCGGAUCAUCAGACGGGAUGAGGUAAGAUCACAGGUAGCCCAAGCAGCUCAAUUGGGUUUAUAUGAGACAAGAGAGCGUCUUGUCCGACGAUCGACCGAAGUGGAUCAGUUAGGGGCUUUGAGGAGUUCAUAUUUUGGGAACAAUACCCAAUGAACCUGCCUCCUCCUCCUCCUCUUGCGCUUCCCUUUUUGGCAUUAAAGAGAGCGCGAAACGCAAGUUACACACGAGCGACACGCGAGCGACUGGUGACGAAGCGUAAGGGGCAGUGGGAGGGUUUCCACCUUCCCGCCUUUCUUUGCGCGCAAAUUUUUAUCGAGCGAGGGACGUUUGAGGAAAACGCAAUGGGAAGCCUUAGGGAAAGCACGAUGAGAGGAAACAUUUUAAUAAUUGUGCUUAUCAACAUCAUGCUUUCGCUUAUGAGUGCAUCCUGAUCGCUAGUGAAACCUACGUGAAUGCCACGCCAAUUUUUCAAAGGUGGUAAAUGGUUGACUGUGAUGGUUAUGUUCAUUUUAGACUCGCAAACUUGUCAAAGUGGACAGAGAACCAUAUACUGGGCCUGUUAUCCAUAUUGAGUCGUCUGAGCCCCCACCUGUUGUGUCCCCGUCACAGCGCAAACAAAAGAACCAAGAACAGAGGAGAACUGGUGCCUCGAGGGACCUUCACAAGUCUGGCUUCGAGCUCUCUGGUGAGUGAGGAACACUUUGCAGGAAACCAGUUCUGAGGUGGCCUGCGAGCUUGUUCUGAGCUUCUAGUACCCUGAUUUCAACGGGUCUCUUUUAGUUGUGCCAAAAGGCUCGUAUUUCUUUGCGUAAUAAUUAAGAGGUGCGUGUUUUUGUAGGUGGUUAAGAAAUACAUUGCUGCUAUACAUGUAGCGUCUGUCACAUUCUGUAUUGCUGGUUUUCAGUGUCCCGCCAUUCAAAAUAGAUCGAAAUACAAAUCAAAACCAUUCGACAGAUAAAGUCCAGAAUCUGGGAAAUGAUCAGAGGUACAUAAUACAAAGACCCUCGCCAAGAUUUGGCUCGAAGGAAUAAUUCGUAUUCGAGAUAUCCGAGGAAAUGUUUACCCAAAUUUAUAGAGCUUUGUAUGGAGACGCCAUGCUGGAGCUCAUCCGGAUGAGCUCCAACAUGGCGGACGGAAACCAACAGAAACAUCUGUUACCGAGUUUUACUACAAAGCGUGAAUUUACUCCUAGAGGAACUCAUUGACAUUAAAGUAAUACUUUUUCCAAUACUUGAACUGCAAAAUUCCUCGCAAAAAGUCACUUUUUUAAUCUAAAUGACAGCUCUCUCGGCCGUCAUGUAAAUGCUGCGUCACGCAAAAGCUUAGAAAUUCAAGCGUACUCUAUUACAAAACCAAGAACCCUUUUGAAGCGAAAAUUUGUUUGAAAAUUAAUUUUAUUGUAUUUACUGAUACACCAUGAAAGUAAAAUCUCAGUAGGAUCGAUAGUUUUGUCGUUUGCAUUCUAGUGACGUCAUGUGACAUUAAAGUAAUACUUUUUCUAAUACUUGAACUGUUUGGAUAGCAAAAUUCCAAUAUACGCAGUCGCACCCACAACAUAAAAAGCGAAGUAAACAUGUUUAAAUGUGCAGUUUCAUAUGAAAACUCAUCUGCUAAUUUAAAUUCCUGUUACAUUGAAUUUAUGAUAAAAGUGACCCGUCUGCAUUCGAUCAGAGUAGCGUAUGAGCUUCUUAAAUUUAUCUUCACUCGUUUCAUUGAAUUUUUGUUUUUGUUUUUGUUUUUUUAUAUUUAACAGGUAAACAAGACGACGAUGAUGUCCCGGGUCGAUCUUCUACUCGUGUUUGUAAGCCUCCCGGUGGUGGUUCUUCGCUAUCACUGAGCUGAACACCCUCGGGAAUAAGGACAAAUCCUGUUUUUACGAACGUUCACAGUAGGGGAAAUAUGUAAAUUAAGGACGGCUGUAUGCAUGCGAUCAACCCAUUUCACACCAACAGGGAUAUGUGUUUUAAUACCUUAGGUCGAACUAGUUGAAGUGCGGUCUUACUUUCUGCUUUUUCUCAUCUCUUUUUUUUUUUUAACUUCGUCUUCGUCAGAUAAAAACUGAGUAAAUAGUGAAUAAAUAUUAUCAAGAGACAAUUAUGGCCGUUGAUAUUAUAAACCUUACUAGCAGUAUGCAGGGCGCGUGCCACAAAAUGCAGAGCUAAAAAUAAUACGAGUUGGUCAUCGGCAACAGUGUUUGACGAAAUCCUAUCUGUGGUCGGUCGGACAUGAUGACUGUACUGAUCAAAAUACUCCAGACUAUCAUUCUGUAGCUGAAUAUUUGCAUAAAGAUUAAAAGACAACAUAAUUUAUCUAAGAACACAACUUUUCUCUCUCUCUCUUUUUUUUAUUGGGGCACUUCGCGACUGAAUGUUUUCAAAUGCUUCGGAAGUAUCUCAAAUGGUUUUCUGUAUGUUUUAGAAGCCUGUUUGGAUACAUCUGUUUAUCUAUUCGGAUGGCUUAGGGGGACUUUGGUCGUAUUUUUAGUGGCUAUUUUUGUCUCGUUCGAAACUAUUAGCUACCCUGAAAACGACAUAAAACAACAACCGGAAAUAGUACUAAGUAAGUCAAGUAAAAAAACUCCGAAUGUCUUUAUUAGGAAUGGGAGCGUUUAUCCCAAAACGUUUAGUUUCAGCCCUUCUUGAGCUUCAGAAAUUUCUAGGCAAUAUUUGCUCCUUCUAAUAGUUCUCUUACAGGAAAAAAGUCGUUGGGUGCCCCUGCUGUACCUGAGCGUUUGAGUUGCUUCAUUCAAUGAAUGAAAUGAACCCAAAAAGGCCACCCAGAAUUUUAUAACUUACUUUAUUUCAUUACCAGUAAAAACGCUUCGAUUUACGUUGUAGCUUAAGAGGGGGAAAGGGACAGCUGAAUUAACUUUGUAGAAUAGCCCUUGGACCUAUCAGUUUGGUAUGGUAUGGUUUGUUUGUUUGUUUAUAUUUGUUUUUCAGCUUGAUUGGUUAUACAAACACUGCCGUCAGCUAACGGGAUCCCUAGAUUUUACACAACGUAGUAGAUUAAAUAAAUAAGUAAAUCAUAAAACAAACUAGGCCGGUUAAUAAGGCUGUUUAGGCUGUUUAACCCCCAGUCUGGAGUUAAAAUAACUCUGAAAAUGGGGUUAUUUUUACUCCUUACAUGGGUUGUUUUUACUCUUUUUGGAGUCACUUUAACUUUGAAAGUGGAGUAAAAAUUUUGGGUACAGGAUAACUCCUUUUCGGGGGUUAUUUUAACUCCUCAAUAUCUGGGGUCGUUUUUACUCCUGAAAAAGAGUUCUUUAAACUCCAUUUUGGAGUUAAAAUGACUCCCCCGCAAAAAUAAGUCCACUGUAAGGAGUUAAAUUAACCCCACUAGAGGAGUUAUUAUUAAUAACUCUUUUAAAAUUACUGUGCAUUCCCAUCUGUCAAGAUCAUUUCCUGUCUGGAAAGACCGCUGUCACUCUUUAGUUGGUCAAUAAGUAAAAAUAAAUGUUCUUGCUAGGCGACCCUUUGAGCGUCUGCCGUGCUUUGGAUCCCAACUUAGUAGUGAGUAUAACGA